AUGACAAUGGAGGUUGAAGUAAUUUCUCGAAAGUGUAUUAAACCCUCUUCUCCAACACCUCUUCACCUCAGAACUCAUAAGCUUUCUCUUUUGGAUCAAUAUGUUCCUCCUAUCUAUGUUCCUAUGGUCUUCUAUUAUCCUAAUCAAGACACAAACCUUUCUCCAAGCGACAUUAUCUCCCAAAGACUGCAACUUCUGAAGCAGUCUUUAUCAGAAACCUUAUCUCGCUUUUACCCAUUUGCUGGAAAGGUGAAAGACAGUCUUUCCAUCGACUGCAAUGAUGAGGGGAUUUAUUUUAUAGAGGCCCGAGUUCAAAAUCCUCUCACUGAAUUUCUGAAACAACCUGAUCUUUCGUUUAUCAAUAAAUUCCUUCCUUAUCAUCUCGAUUGGAGUGCAACACCAACAGAAGGAACUCACGUUGCUAUUGUACAAGUAACAACAUUUUCAUGCGGUGGUAUUGUCAUUGGCGUAUAUGUUUCACAUAUUAUCGCUGAUGGAACAGCUUUGAGCUCGUUUAUCAAGAGUUGGGCUGCUGCGGCUCGUCAGAGUAGUACUGAAGAAGCAGCAUUAGUAUGUCCUAAAUUUGAUGGUUCUUCUUUAUUUCCUCCAACUGAUGCAUACCCAACAGAAGCAACCAUGAUGGAUGCUGUAAUCCCAUUUUUCAGAACUGGCAAAUAUAUUACCAGGAGAUUUGUAUUUGAUGCUUCAGCAAUAGCCACCCUUAAGGCCAAGGCAAAAAGUUCAAGAGUACAAAACCCCACCUGCGUGGAGGUGGCAGUAAAUUUGCGUCGAAGAGCAAUGCCACCAUUGUCAGAAUAUUGCAUGGGAAAUUUCAUCUGGAGGGCAACAACAUUGUUCACAAACGGGGAAGCAGAGUUGGAAGGAUUGGUGUAUCUGCUGAGGGAAGCCAUAACAAAAGUUAAUAGUGAUUUUGUGAAGAGCCUAGAACUAGAAGGUAAAGAAGGGUUGACUAAGAUUUGUAACAUUGUGAAAGAUAUAAGUGGGGAGUGUAAUGAGGUGGAUUUUGUUGGGUUAAGCAGUUGGUGUAACCUUGGCUUGUAUGAGAUUGAUUUUGGAUGGGGAAAACCAACGUGGGUUAGCAACGUUGGUAUAACUAGUUCAAAGAGAGUGUUCAUGAAUAAUAUGAUAAUUCUACUGGAUCCAAAACUGAAGGAUGGGAUUGAAGCGUGGAUGACUAGUUUGGAUGAGGCAGACAUGGGUAUACUGGAAGUUGAUAAGGAACUGCUUGAAUAUGUUACGUUAGAUCCUAGUCCUCUAGGACUCUCGACUUAA